AUGGCGCGGAGAAAAGUAAAGAACCCGAAUGCGACUGACCUAUCUUUAAUUAUCUGGGAGCCGGUUAACGGGAAAUUUUGUUAACAGUAGUUAAAGUAAGGAGCGUUAAAUUGUUAAUGAAAUUUGCUUUUCCACCAAUCUCUGCUAAUCAGAUCGGCCAAGCACAGCCCCAAGCUGAGCGCAAAACCAUGUCUUUUCCCCUGAUGUUGGGGGUGGUUUAAUACAGAUUUAAAAUCAGUUUAUUGUUCAUCUUUGAAAUGUCAGCAGACAAUUCAAGGAUAAACCACACUCGCUACACUCGCUCGUGCAUUAGUUUGUAAUGACAAUAAAAAAUUCGGUGGUGUUAUUGGUAUGGGAAAACGAUAUAUCGAUGCCUUCCGGAAGUAAGAGCAACCCUGACCAAGAAGAUUGCAUAUAUUUUCCACAGUUUACGGCGAACUGCCUUCGGAAAAAGAUUUAGAUAAUUUCACUGGCUUCUUCAUUUCCGGAAGUUCUCGGCUUCCAAACGAAGACUUAAAGUGGAUCAACGAUUUGAAGACAUUUAUCCCAACAGCUUCCCAAUGCCCUUCUAAGACCUUCUAAACCUCGUAUUGUUGGCGUCUGUUUUGGACUUCAGGUCAGCGCCUCGGCACUAGGAGGAAAAGCAACUUCCUUUCCGUCGAAGAAAUUUGUCCUGCAAAGCGAGAAGAUCAAAGCUAACGAACAUUUUUGUUUUCAAGGCUAUAAAGCUUUCGGAGAGCUUUUUGACUUCCUGAGUCCCAUAGGGAUUUUGUUAAAAUCCUCCGUGCUAAAGCUCUAA